AUGACACGUGUUGGGUAAUCAGGUAGCCAAUGUUGACCUUUGACAUAUGAUGUCACCCUUUGACCUCUGCGGUAGACUUUACCACUGCACUUCGAAUGCUGAAGACUUGAAAGGACUAAGAAAUCAUCGACAGAUUGCGCAGCCAUGAUGUUUUGGGGAGACUAUCUGGACGACUAUGAUGAUUACGAUGACUACGGCUCGGACGAUCACGACUGGGGAUACGAUGAUUACGGUGACGACUACUUCACCGACGGCGAAUCGCAGGGCAGCAAUAGUACCAAGUCCGGCGACAACGCGGGCGGGCGGCACUUCCGAAACUACCAGCGAGAGAUGCAAGUUCUAGAAGAGCUGAACAGCCAACGGAAGAGCGGAGAAUUCCUGGACGUUGUUGUUGAAAUAGAAGGGAGAGAAUUCCCCUGCCAUCGCGCUGUCUUGGCUUCCACACCGUACUUCAAGGCUAUGCUGUCAAGCAAGCUGGUAGAAGGUGACUCGAGAGUCAUUAAAAUCCUGGGCGUAGACUCCAUAUCUUUCUCCAAACUGUUAGACUUCAUCUACACAGGAGAAAUUGACAUUGGAAAAGAGAAUGUACAGGAUAUACUACAGGCAGCACACAUGUUACACUUUGAAGAUGUACAGAAGUACUGUAUUGAGGUCAUUGAGAAAAACUUGGACCCCUCCAACUGUCUAGGGGUACUUCGUCUUGCUGACCUGUACAAUCUGGAGACGUUGAAGAAGAAGGCAUGGGACAUGGCACUUCAAGAUUUCACCAAGGUAACUACCCAUGAAGAGAUCAACGACCUCACACAGACAGAGUUACUGGGCCUCCUGAAGGACAACAACCUCAAGGUCAACAGUGAAGACGAUGUCCUUGACACGGUCUUGAAGUGGGUAGAGCACGACUUGGAACAACGGAAGGAGGCACUGCCUGACAUCCUCACUGCCGUACGAUUACAAAGUGUCAAGACAAGUGCUUUGAAGAAAGCUCAAGCCAACACCUUGGUGAAGGAAUGCAGAAAAUGUUCUGAGAUGAUGAAAUCUGCACAGGAGAUGCAGGUAAAAGAACUAGAGGGGGUUGUAAUCGACACCGAAGAAGUGACGCUUCGCGAGGGAAAGUCUGAUGAUGUACUGGUCCUUGUUGGUGGCUGGCGAACCAUCCCGACUCCGCUCCACAUGUGGAAAGAAGAGGAUGAAACUGACCCCCAGGUGCCCCUAGGACAAGUCCUGUUAGUUGAUCCUGAUAACAGUAAGACAUAUCAUGUAACAGACCUUCCUGCAGACAUUAUGGGGUACAUGAGUGUGGCCGUACAUGGUUCAAAGUUGUACGUCACGGGUGGGUGCGUGGGAAUGCCAUCUACAGACAGUGGCACUGGCAUUCCCUCCAAUCAGGCCUUCUGCUAUGACUUUCCCAAAGACAAGUGGCAUAGGCUACCCAACAUGCCGCAUUCGCGAUGCAUGCACGGCUCGAUAGUAUUAGACGAGAAACUGUACGUUCUGGGUGGCAGUGACACACAAGGGGAGACCAUGGACUGCUUAGACCUGUCUAGAAAUAUGUGGUCCUCCGUCAGUGCACCAUACCCACACAUAGAGCUCUCCCCAACGAUGACAAUUUGCAACAACGAGUUGGUCUUGGCCAAGGUCGUCAAGCACAUGGGAAACAUCACGACCAUGCAGAGUGACCUUGAUGGCGGACACGAGUUCCACCUUGCCCUUGACACGCAGUGGACUCUCCGCGUACAGUCGUACUUCCCGAGAGAAGACGACUGGAUCUGCAUGGAAACCGAGUAUGAAGACUCAGACGAGGAAGUCUUCACGUUUGUCGACAACUCCAAGGUGUGCAUCCGCUCCAGCGCGUACUACCAACAGCCUUACAUCUUCAACUUCGAAGACGGCACCCUGAAGCGGAACACGGAAAAUCCCAACAACUUCCCCGCCACGGGGAUUCACUACCGUCUCCAGCAGGACUACGCUCACAGUUUCACUGACAUUCCAAGUAUCAUGAACGACACCGUCAAAAAGUACAGCUUCAAGAGGUUUGAGGGACACGACGGUCCGUUUGCGACGGUGAGCUCCGUAUCGCUACCGUACGCCGUCCACGGCUCGGGCUUCUCGGUGGGAAAGAAACGGACAAUCGGGUGGUUCUGCAGGGACCUGGAAGUCAUCAAGGGGGAGGAUGAUGAGGAAAACAGGGACGAUGAGGAUGAAGAAAACUUUGAUGGCACAUGAAAAGGAAACAAGGUUUUCUGUCAGGACAGGAAGUACAUUGAGUGUCAGUGGUUCAUUUGUGUCAAAUGUUAAUAAUCAAGAAAAAACUUCUACAUAUGGCGCUGUGUGUGGCAUCUUUUUCAAGGACACAUUUCAGUUGUCUGAAAUAUGUAUAGUUGGAGCAAGGAGCUUCAAUGUCCUUUGUUGGAGAGAUAGAGAAAAGAUAUGUACUAAACCUGUUAAGUACUGUACUGAUGUUAUGAACAUGUUAUGUCUUGUUUUCAGUAAAAUCU